AUAAGAAAGGUCUUUGUUUUGAUUCUCUCCUCGAUCGAGACUUGAUUAAAAUAAAUAUAUUUAUUUUGUGUACGCUGGUCUAUAGCAACAUAUAGAAAGUACAAAAAAAAAUAAAAAUAAGGAAAAUAUUAUUUUUUUUUAUUUUCGUGUAAAAAACUUACCUUCGAAAAAAAGGAAAAAAAAAUUUUUGGGCGACAUUUUAAAAAAAAAAAAUUUUUUUUUUGUACAAAUUUGUGCAAAUUUAAAGAAAAAAAAGAGAUAAGUGAAUCGCAGAGUGAAAUAAAAAUAUUUUUCGUCGUCAAAUAAAGAAAGAGACUUGAAAACAAAAAAACAAAAUGGCAGAAGUUGAAUCUGUCUCGCCAGUUCCAUCGACAAGUAAUUUACUGAAUAAUCCCCUCAUUCCGACGACAAUUACGGCGGAAAUUCGUGUCGAGCCACAAAGUAGCUCAACCACGUCGUCGUCGUCGAGUUCUGGCACAUCGACCACAUCGUCUGUUGCUCCAAAUAACAACAACAACAACAACAAUAACAGUAUGCAGGAAACGCAGGCGAACACAGCUGACACAGACGAGCCCGAGCCGAAACGCAAGAAACUCGACACAAGCUCGUCGCACAGCAAAUCCAGCAAAGUAUCGAGCAAAAUUGUCGAGAAGCUCGAGGCUCGUCUCGGCGGCAUCUUGUGCUGCGCCGUUUGUCUUGAUUUACCGCGGACGGCAAUGUAUCAGUGCCCAAUGGGACAUUUAAUGUGUGCAGCUUGUUUUACACAUCUCUUGGCUGAUGGAAGAUUGCGUGAUCAAACCGCUACUUGCCCGAAUUGUCGUGUUGAGAUUUCCAAGACAAACGCCUCGCGUAAUCUCGCUGUGGAAAAAGCUGUCUCCGAGUUGCCGGCACAGUGUCAAUAUUGCUCGAACGAGUAUCCGUGCAAGUCGUUGGAGCAUCACGAGCUUGCGGAAUGCGACGAACGCCCAACAGAUUGCAAAUAUUCACGUAUUGGAUGUCAAUGGCGAGGACCCAUUCAUGAAGUGACAGAACACGAACAAAUAUGCGCUCACCCGAAAAAGACAGGAGCUGAGGUAAUGACCGCAUUACAGGAUCGUGACGCUAAAUACCGUGAAGAGAAGAAACUUUUCUUGAAUUUGGUUGAUUUGUUGAGCUACGAGAAAAUUAUCUUUAAUGAUUUACAAUUGAAACCAUACCGCACCGACGAAUACGUUCACAAAUUAUAUUACGAAACAUCAAAAUUCUCUGCGUUCAAUCAUCAGUGGGUUGUUAAGGCUACCAUCAAUAACAGCCAACGAGAUGUCCAUGAAGCGAACGAACGUCAAAUCGCCUAUCAAUUAAUCUUGAAGACAAAAACCACAUGCCCGCUCGCCAUACAUUUCUUCGUCUUGAAGGGUCCCUUCUCCGACAUGAAAGUUAAUACCAAAAUUUACAAGCAUGAUUUCAGUGACGCUGAAAAUGAGAGCAAAAGCAGUCUGUUACCAUUGCCCGAUACUGCGGAAUGUAACCGACAUUUGGCUUCAAAAGCCAUCAAUUUCAGACUCAUCAUGUUCUUGGCAUCGAAAUAAAUGCUCUUCGAAUAAAUUUGGUGAUGGAUCUAAAUUUUUGAAGUACUUUGAAAACUUUUAAUUUUUAUUCUUUUACAAACACAAAAAAUGAACUCCCUUUACUUAUAAAUCUUGAAAAAAAAUGAACAAAAAAUAAUUUUCGAAUCACUUGAAAUAAUGAUUAAUAUUAAAAAUUAAAAUAAGAUUGAGGUCUGAGCAAAAAUGAAAAAUUUCAGACACAGAAAGAAGAUCUGCUUCGUUAGCUUAAAAUUUGCUGAAUUCAAAGAUCGUGCUACCCCCACAAAUGUGGAAAAUGAAUAUUAAGAAUAAUAUUUUUUUUUUGUUUUUUAAUCUUUAAAUGUAGUGAAAAAAAAAACAUAAAAAAUCUUCGACGUACAAAUAAUAUUUAAAAAAAUAAAUAAUAAUUCAGUAAAAAAAUAUUUUGUAAUGAAAAAUAAAAAAAAUACAAAAAUGGCUUCUUAACAGAGAAAUACUUACAAUUAAUUUGAAAUAAAAAUAAAAGAAAAUAAUAAUGCCAAAAAUUUUACUUUUCA